AUGCGCAGCCUCAUGGUUCUUGGCGCACUCACAAACAUACCGUUGCUCGUCUCGGCGCAAUGUCCAGAAUACGUGGAUUACGCGCUUGAAGUUCAUGAACCUUUGAGCUCCGGCAAGUAUCAACUUGCCUAUCAACGGCCAUCUGAAGAAUGUCGAACUUUCAAGUCGCAGGGCCUUGAGGAUACUAUCACACGUAUGGAAGGUGUCAUCAAAGAUCCAGACCUGUAUCGUCUCUUUCAGAAUGCCUACCCCAACACGCUUGAUACAGCCAUUGCAUGGAAGGGAUAUGCUGCCAACAACACCGAGGAAGAGUUGACGUUCAUCAUCACAGGAGACAUCAACGCGAUGUGGCUACGAGACUCGUCGAAUCAGCUGCAAAGUUACCUACCCCUUUUGAACGCCAGCAGCGACCCGAACUCGAUCGCCAGCUUGUAUCGGGGAGUCAUCAACCUUCAGGCGCGAUACCUCCUUACAGCACCGUACUGCAACUCGUUCCAGCCGCCCGCCGAAAGCGGGAUUCCUCCGGCAGAGAAUGAGUCCGGAAACCAGGACAUCGUUUUCCCUGAAUACUCCAACAGCAGCGUAUUCGAAUGCAAAUAUGAACUCGACUCGCUUGCUGCGUUUUUGCAGAUAUCAGCCGACUACUACGAAGCCACCGGAGAUGCCGAAUUCUUUGGAAAGUUCCAGUGGGCUAAAGCCAUCGAGGCGGUACUGGAUGUGGCUGAAGACAUGAUGCUUCCCACCUAUGGUCCGGACGGAGCGGUCUUGCAAAGUCCGUACACGUGGGAGCGAACCACCACCAGAGCAACCGAAACUCUCGCCAAUGACGGGAUCGGCAAUCCCGUUGCCAACGGAACCGGCUUGAUCAGGAGCGCUUUCCGACCGAGCGACGACUCCACUAUUUUCCAGCUCUACAUCCCAGCCAACAUGAUGUUUAGCUCAUACCUGUCUCCAACAGCGGAGAUCAUGAACAAACUCAAUGGUACGAAUUCUGCGACGCUUGCGAAAAAGAUGUCCGGCCUCUCAGAAUCGCUACGCAACGCCAUCGAGACCCAUGGCACGGUCGACCACCCGGCAUAUGGCAAGAUUUAUGCAUUCGAGGUCGAUGGCUUCGGUGGGCGCGUCAUCAUGGAUGACGCCAACAUCCCAGGUCUUCUCUCUGCGCCAUUCUUCAAGUACCCAGUCAACGAGGAGACGUAUGCAAACACGCGCGAUCUCGUACUCAGUUCUACAAACCCGUACUUAAUGAGAGGUCCUGUAAUCAAUGCCAUUGGUGGCCCGCAUCUGGGACCAGGCAUGGCUUGGCCGAUGGCUUCCAUUGUACGCAUUUUCACGAGCGAUGAUGAAGGUGAGAUCGUGAACGAGCUGGCCCAGAUUGUGAGCAGUACAGACGGCUUGGGUUUGAUUCACGAGAGUAUCAAUAGUUUCAACGAGAGUGACUGGACAAGACAGUGGUUCUCGUGGGCGAACGGACUUUUUGGACAGAUGAUUCUGGACUUGGAGGAGCGCAAGCCAGAAAUACUGGAGACAAGUUUUCAGUAG